CGGCACUUCCGGCGCGGGGAACUGGAGCGGAUAGGCGCCCAUGGCUGGGUCCUUGAAGCUGGUGUGUGCGUCAGUUCGGUGGCAAAGAUUUCACACCACUGCGAGUCGCCACAAGGGCCAGACCGCUGCUGAGCACCUAUGGCUGACGCGUCAUCUGAGGGACCCAUUUGUGAAGGCCGCGAAGGUGGAGAAUUACCGGUGCCGAAGUGCCUUCAAGCUCCUGGAGGUGGAUGAGAGGCACCAGAUCCUGUGGCCUGGCCAGCGCGUGUUAGACUGCGGAGCGGCUCCUGGGGCGUGGAGCCAGGUGGCCGUACGGCGGGUCAAUGCUGCGGGCAAAGAUCCUGGUGCUCCUGUGGGCUUUGUGCUCGGGGUAGACCUUCGUCACAUACUCCCCCUGGAGGGGGCAACUUUUCUGUGCCCUGCUGACGUGACUGACCCGAGAACCAUCCAGAGAGUCCGCGAGCUGCUUCCUGGUGGGAGAGCAGACAUGAUUCUGAGUGACAUGGCGCCCAACGCCACGGGGAUCCGGAGCCUGGAUCAUGACAGGCUCAUUAGCCUGUGCUUGUCCCUCCUAGACGUGGCUGCUGAUGUCCUGCACCCCGGUGGAACGUUCCUCUGCAAAACGUGGGCUGGGAGUCACAGCCUUGGGUUACAGAAGAGACUGGCAGAGCAGUUCCAGAACACCAGGACCGUGAAGCCUAGAGCCAGCAGGAAGGAGUCCUCGGAGGUGUACCUCUUGGCCACACAGUACCAGAGAGCCAAGUAGCCUGUGGAGGACUGAGGGCUGCUUCCACCAUUUGUGGCCCUUGUUCCCGGCAAGUGUGGUCUGAGCUCUUUCCCGGAGUGUGGCUGGAGGGGUCAGAGCUUGAUCCUGGAUUUGGCCGGCAGGAGAGGGUGGGAUCUUUCUUAUAAACCACGAGUAUAUUUGCUGGCCAUGAUAUAUGGUAAAAAACAGUCUCUACAACGUGAUUUCAUCUUAGGCCAACAUGAAGGAUGAAAAGACAGAGGAAGGAGAAACCAGCACAGGGGGGCACCUUGAUGUAAUUCCCGGUUUCUGGGCUGUUAGCAUGUAACAGAGAAAGUUUCUACCAUUGCUCCCAGAAGGCCACACCGAGGCUGUGGUUAUACAGUGUAGCGAAUGAAAAUCUGAAAUUUUGACCUGAGGAUUGUUUCCAUCUCUGGUGAAUGAUGUGGAAAUUAACCCCUUCAAGCAGCUGGAGUUCCCCAGGGGAAAUUAGGGACGAAUUUUCCCGUGAACUAUGCAGGGGUGGCCUUUGUUUUGUUGCUGGAAACCCACCUUGCUGUAGAACGCAAGGACCCUAAGACUGGUAAUACCAGAAGCAAGCGGCCCUGUGGCAUGUCUUCCAGGAACUUUUUGCAGCUUUUAUACAACAACUAGAACAACAGACGUAUUUAUUUCAGGGAUGUCCAUGCUUUGAAGUUCAUUGUUAUAAAAAUUGGUUUCUUCAAAUCCAUUUCCCAUUAAAAAAAAUUUAA